AUGGUGCUAAUAUCUAUUUUUCUCAUUAUCAUCAUAUAUCUACAUCCAAUUUCUGCCGUUAAGUGUCCAUCAUGUAUUGAUAUUUGUAUUAAUACAACCAGCACUUCUCUUUCUAUUAAUGAAUCUUAUUGCGACCUAAUAAUUGAAUCAGCUGCCGUAUGCAAAAGUGAAUUAUAUGUUGAAUUGAUUGAUACAUAUCCAGCUGUUAUUAACUAUAUAACUGCACCAUCAAAUGCUCUCAUUACUGGCAAUGCUGAUAGUGUAUUAGUUACAACUAUAAACAUACCAUUAGAUAUUGGAAAUCCUUAUGGAUCAUUUAUCUAUGAUUGUUACGAUGAAGAUCUAUGUAAUAAUAAAAUAGUACAGAAACAAUAUGAAGAAUUACAUGUAGUGAAUUAUACUGAAUUGACAAUUAAAUUGACUGAACUUCUUUAUAAUAAUCAAAGCAUUUCAAAACGACAACCAAUUGAAUGUUACAAUCGAAAUAAUCAGAUAGAACAGUGUUCUAUCAAUAGAAAUUGUCAAGCAACAUUAAUUAUUGAACAAGAACGAUCCGAUUUACUUAUUACAACUUCUAUUUCUGAUCGACGGCCAGGUUCUUUAGUUGGUCUUCGUUUGCGUUCAAAAUCUGUCGGUAAUGAUUAUAAAAAAAUAACUAUAAGUUAUACUUGUAAUAAAAAUAGAUGCAAUGAUCCAGUUAUAGUUCGUCAAAUUCGUCAAAUUUUCUUUGACAUUGGUUUUAUUAAUUCAAAAGCUAAUAGUUUGAAGUUUCUAUCAAUCAUUCUCUUCAUUACUUGUCUUAUUAUAAAUAUUUGUACUCGUUUCAUGUCAUAUUAA